AUGAGCCGCGUGGUCUCCCUGCUGCUGGGCGCCGCGCUGCUCUGCGGCCACGGAGCCUUCUGCCGCCGGGUGGUCAGCGGCCAAAAGGUAUGUUUUGCUGAUUACAAGCACCCAUGCUACAAGAUGGCCUACUUCCACGAGCUGUCCAGCCGGGUGAGCUUUCAGGAGGCGCGCCUGGCCUGUGAGAGUGAGGGGGGAGCCCUGCUCAGCCUCGAGAAUGAAGCAGAACAGAAGUUAAUUGAAAGCAUGCUGCAAAACCUGACAAAGCCAGGAACGGGGAUUUCGGAUGGCGAUUUCUGGAUAGGGCUCUGGAGGAAUGGAGAGGGGCACACAUCUGGUCCCUGCCCAGAUCUCUACCGGUGGUCCGACGGAAGCAGUUCCCAGUACCGAAACUGGUACACUGAUGAACCUUCCUGUGGAAGUGAAAAGUGCGUGGUGAUGUAUCAUCAACCAACGGCCAAUCCUGGCCUUGGGGGUCCCUACCUGUACCAGUGGAAUGACGACAGGUGCAACAUGAAGCACAACUACAUCUGCAAGUAUGAACCAGAGAUUAAUCCAACACCUCCUGUGGAAAAGACUUAUUUCACAAAUCAACCGGGAGACACUCAUCAAAAUGUGGUUGUUACUGAGGCAGGAAUAAUUCCCAAUCUAAUCUAUGUUGUUAUACCCACCAUCCCACUGCUCUUACUGAUACUGGUUGCUUUUGGAACCUGCUGUUUCCAGAUGCUACAUAAAAGUAAAGGAAGAACAAAAACUAGCCCAAACCAGUCCACACUGUGGAUUUCAAAAAGCACCAGAAAAGAAAGUGGCAUGGAAGUGUAAUAAUUCAGUGGCUUGGCUCCAGAAGGAGUUUUGCAAUUCUGGAUCUGUGUAAGGAAUGGCAUCAGAACCUAAGCUUGGAAUGGCUUUGAAAUCUCAAAGGAUCUGCAAGAUGAACUGUAAGCUCCCCCUUGAGGCAGAUAUUAAAAUAAUUUUAUAUGGUUACUUUUUCAUUUACAAACUACGCUAUGCUAAUAAUGGAGUGAGACAUGCUUAUUUUGCUAAAGGAAGCACCCAAACUUCAAGUAAAUGGGAUAGACCAUGCAGAUAAAAUUGCUGUCAACACGUCACAGAAGUAUGUGCAUUGGAAGCAGUUAUUUUUGUCUCUUUCACCGUUCAUAAGUUGUAAUCUAGUUAAUGUAAUGUAAAUCGCAUUGCAAUUUACAGUGUGCAAAAGUAUUUUUCCUUUACAUACGUGUUUGAUAAAAGUGGACUGUUCUAAUAUUUAUUUUUACGGUGUUUCAUUUUUCAGUACAUGCUGUUUUGACUAAAGAAAUUUAUCACUGUUGUCAAGUGACUUCACACACACAUAAAUACAUUACCAUAGGAAAAAAUGUCUUUUCUAGAAAUGGCUCAUCCUCUUUUACUUUCUCUGCUUUGGGUCAGACUGUGUGUAGAAAAUGUCUUCAGAAGUAAGAAGUUAUUUCAUGAACUGUGGUAUCAGUCUACUCAAAUAUUUUACUUAGAGGCAAGGAUUGUCUGAUUUCGAUUGUGCAAGAUGUGUGCCUUACAAUUAUUUUUAAUUUAAAAUUCAACAGAUUUUGUAAGAACUUUGUUAAUAGUUAUAUAAACAAAAAUAUACUCAAUUUCGAACAAAAAAAGUGGCAUACACAAUAUAAAUCAUCUGUCUUCACAUGUUGCCUAUUAUAACCACAAGUAGCUCUAUGAGGGUUCUGGAAUUGAUGUGGUCCCUCCCUUGCCCACAAAGCAAAGAUGGUGGUUUGGGUCUGGGAUUACCCCGGAGGUGGAUUCGCUGCAGAGUUUGCCUAAGGCUUUUCCUACCUGGUUAGCCUCUAUCAGCAUAUAAAGGGGCUUUACAGUUGGGACUAGGUGAAUGGUCACCGCUGCUGUGGACUUAAGGCCCAGCACACUGACAUUUCCAGGAGGAAAGAAACUAUGAACUAGUAUGAAAAUGGGUUGCAAGACAUCAAUGUCAUGUGUUCGUUGUCGAGGGUGUGGCGAGGACAGUAAUCUGGGGCGCCUCUGUCCUAAUCUUCUAGUUUCUUCAAUGCUUGUGGCUCCUUCUUCUCAAGAGAGCUGUACCUAUCUGGUCGUCAAAUGUCUCUGUGCUCCUUUUAAUCAAAUAAAAAGUUCGUGUUCCUGAA